GCGGUUCUGUAAACUAAAUUUAGCAGUGACCAGAAGGUGUUACCAUCCAUUCCAAGGGCUGUUCAGUGACCUGCAUGAAACUGAUUGUUCCUCUCCUCCAGUUCUUAAUGGGCAACUAUCCACCAACACUAAUUUGCACACUUUUUGAUCAGUCUGAGUCACAUGGACUGGAGGGACAUAAAGACAACAGUAGAGGCUUAAUCCAUGUAGGUCCGAGUUGAUGCAAUUGAUGAGGAAGCUGAGGAAGUGAUGACUGAUUAUAAUAGUACUGCAUAAUGAUCAAGUGGGCAGCUCAGAGCUGUCAGUUGGUAAUUUUGGCUAAGCACUACAACAUGCAAAUUCCUUCUGACUUUUUGUAGAGCUAUAGUAUCUUUAUGUAUGCACAGCAGACAGGGCCUUCUGCUCUCAGAUGAAAGACUCCUGUUAACUGCAUGGAAUUUAUUUAUUUGUAUUACUAUAGCACCUCAGAUGCCCAGUCAUGGGUCAGGGACUUGAUGCAACUUAGAUGAAUGACAUUCAACCUUGCUGGGAUCUGUAGCUCGGCUUCCAGAUAGCCUUUGUCAUUUCAGAUCACUGAGGGUCAGAUUCUGAUGCACUUAAUCUGAUUGAACAAUGUUUAGUCUAUGAAAACAUCACAUUGAGUUCCAUGGGAUGUCCAGCAGACAAAGGUACUAUUAUAUGCAACAUGAGUAAAGGUAUCUCACUCUGGCCAUAAAUCACACUAUCAGUUAGGGCUGUUAAACUAGCAGGUGUUGUGGGUGCCAAGUUCCCUAGUUAGAAAAGCACAAACUCUGUGGCUUGAAAUACUUCUCUUAUGUGAGGUUCUUCAGAGGAACAGUUUCAUUAUGCUUACAAACAGGAACUGGGGCACAGAGAUCAAGGUCAAAAUAUGCACUAAUUUUGGUACCCUCUCAUCUCGCCAGGGUGUUGAGAAGAUUGAUAAAUAUUUGAGUGCUGUACAAAAGCCCAUAAUGAAAUUAAUAAAUGAUCUUCAGAGUAGAAUUUGAGUAGUGUACAGUAAAUGAGGCCUGGGGCCAUCCAUUGCACACAAUUCUCAUUAAGUGAACACUAGCCAUCCUGAACGAGGCAGGGCCUUAUGGGGAAAAAAUAGUAUGUAAGCAUGUAAUUAAAGAUUGUGUUCAUAAUAAUGAAUAUGUACAAGCAGGUUGAAUUAAGGUUGCAGAGGCAACCUUAAUUCUGGCUUUUCCUAACUCUUGAAUGCUUGACUUUGCAACUUUUAAUAAUGUUGUUUUAAUCUGUUUGGUGUGUAAUACAAUUAAUGGAGUUGAAUCAUAAGAAUUUAUUACUGUGUGAAUGCAGAAAUGUAUUGGCACCGGAACAGAAUGCUGGUAGCUAAAGAUAGAGUAUUUCUGCCCACUAGUGGUGACUUUCAAACCAGACAUUAACAGUGUUAUACAUAGAAGUUUUCCUUAAUGGUAGGAGAAAUACAUUAUUUUCUUUAAAAAGAAAAGAUAACUUACUUCUUCUCUCAGCCAAAAGGGCUAAAUAUCUGCUUAGCCAGGUCUCAUUUAUGCCAGCUACUGAACACUGUCAGAGAAGCCACUGUAUGCACUGUACUUUUGAGUUCAGAUGUGCACCAGGGGCAUCCUCUCCCUUAGUCUGUGCACUUCAAAGGGGGGUGCUGCCUUUAUUGGCACUUUGCGGUUCUGAUGUGCGCUAAAAUACACUUUCCCGUGAAAUCACUCUCAAGAUGAAAAUACAAGAUUAAUAGCACAAUCUUGUGUCUACAUUAAAGCUAUUUCUCCUUGGUGUCAGAAAUAGUAUAUGAAAGUAGUGGUUUUGAACUUAGCGUUCAGUUAGGCUAAACUGUCAUCUCACUGAAAAGGGUUGAGUGACUGGCAGAAAUGUCAGAGCUGGGGAGUAAUGUUUGCUUUUCUUCAAAGGUUUGUGCUACCAAACCAAACAUGAUACUCAAAAUUGUUUAUUGUUCAUACAGGCAUUUCUGUGGUGCUCCUCAUUACAGUGCAUCUGUGGAAGAGUACAAGAAAUUAAAACAAAUGGACUAGGGAAAAUACUUGAACUAUAUUCUUUUAAAAAUCAACAUUAAUAGUCUCUUUUGCUUCACUUUGUGCCCUAUGUUACAAAAUUUGAACAGCCAGAUCUUUAGGCAUUAACGUUAAGUUACAGUCAGCAACUUUUUUUUGCUCUGUGGGAAUAAAGAAUGCAUAGCCACUUUCAUAUUCAAGAUAUUUAAAUGCACAAUCCUGCAAAUGUACACUUGAGGAACUUUACUCAGGUGUAUAGUUCCAAGGAAGUCAGUAGAAUACUCUUAUCAUGUUAUUCAGGUAAGUAUGUAUUUAAGUGUAAGGUUGUACUUGAAUUUGAAUAUUGGUUGUUGCAACAUCUGUACUAACAAAUGCAGUAGUUACGCGCUUUACUUCUUUCAUAUGGCAAGAAAGGUGACUAGCAACAUUCAAAUAACCAAGUCCAGAUUAGUGAGUCACUGGUGGCUUUGGGAGUGGCUUGAUUCAAACCUGAGAUGCCACUCGCAAAUGACUGAAUCUGGCACUGACUUACAAUAUGGUCCCUAAUUUGCAACUGGCAUCCAGUCACAUGCAUUGUCUUACACGUCUGGAAGAUGAAAGAGAUGACAGCACCUGCCAUGCAAUGUUCUAAAAUGGUUCAAUUCAGACCAUUAUUUUCAGACUAGGUUGAAGCUUGGAAGUUCUUUUGUAUGGUCUGCAAUCAGAUAUUUGUUUGGGACAUUACCAUUAUCCUAGAAUUCUUUACAGCGUGCCUCAGGAUUGAAUGAGAAUGCUUUAACAGCUUUAUCCCAAUCCCAAAAAGGCUUGUGAGAUUCAGAUAUGCUCACAGCAUGGGAUGUUUGAAUCUGGCUAAUUUGUAAGAGAACAUUAACUAGAACACAAGUCUUAUGCCGUAGUUUUUAUUUGGAAAAUACAUUAGGUACCUGUACACAUUGUAUUACGCUCUGACAGAAACACGUUUGGGGUGAGACUUGAAACUUCCUCCUGGAUGGAUACCAGCAACUAUUACAUCUUUCAUCUAAAGGCAACAGCUUUUCCAAUGAAGCAUCCCUUUAGUACUGCACUGCAGUGUUUUCAGGGAUGUAAUCACAAUAAAAUAAAGGGGAAAUCCAGCCAGUGGUGACGGUAGAAUGGCUGAAUGGGGAUGUGUGGAGUAAGCAGACUUGUUUCCCACUUGAAAUUUAUCAUUCUUAAAGUGCCAUCAUUGAUAUUGUUCCUUUGACAAACAAGCACAAAAUGGGAAUUGAAGCACAUUUACUUUGGACGUUCUUCAAACUACAGUUAACUAAUAUCAAAUGUACUCUGAUGUGUUCUUGUGACUCGUAUGUCUUUCUAAAAAUAAUCAUGGCACUCUUCCUCCUACUCGGGUCAGUGGGUCAGUCUUUGCACCUGUGAAGCAACUCAAACUUUUUUGUCAUGUACAGUGAUUGGCUCUUCAGUUACAUAGUGCCAGUCACAGACUAUUUUGGGUAACGCUAUCAAACAUGCAGCGUCUGAAUCUGCAAACAGCAAUCUGGGUUGAAGACCAGAUAAUCUGAGGAAUAUACAAUAGAAUCUCAGGUGUGCAAGAAUAAAAGUGCUUCUUCGAUAGAUUAUUUUUCCCCCCAAAAGAAAAAAGAAUGGAAAUAGAGAAGAGCAUCAACCAUGAUCUGGAUCAUGGCAAUGCUGUCCUUGAAUCCCCCAAGGUCUCUCAGUCGGUUCCAAAAGUGGAAAAAUCCUCAAGCAAACAGCAGGAGGAGGUUAAACCGCCCAAAACAGACAGCAGGGAAGCAAAAGAAACUUCAGUGAAGCCUCCAAACCGCAGACCUGAGGCCAGGACCUCAGAGAAGAUAAGUGCCUCUAUGUCUGUCCAGAAGACCAAGGACAGAAGUCCUUCAGCUUCUUCAUCAUCCUCCACCGCCUCAAGAACUACUACCAAAACGUUUCCUUUAAAGCACAAAACACGCUCAGUGAAUGUGAAGUCCUUGCAACCUCCAAACACUAACCAUUAUUCCCAUGGUAUCAAAGAUCUGGAGAUCCGCCUGCUGCAAGUGGAGUGUGAAGAGCUCAAAAACCGACUAGGGUGCUUGAGGGAAGGGCUGAUGGGUCAGAAGCCAAGUGAUAUGGAGGAGUUAUUGAAACAGUCUCAGAAGGAGCUAUUGUGGCUUCAGAGGCAGCUGUCCUUCAUCGCUACAGGAGGACCUACAUGCAUUUUGUCAGCUAGCCAGUUUAGAAAUGAUCUACCAUAUUUGCAACCUGCAGUGCCACUGAAAACAUUAGAGCGGAUCCAAUUUUUAGAAGAGAAAACCCAGAUUUUUCAAUCUAAUGUCACGACACUAACUCAAGAGAAUCAUCACUGGAGAUUUUUAGAAAAUGAACUGAAGGAUGCUGUGCAAGAGAAGAAUCGCUUGAGCCUUCAAUAUGCUAGUCUUUCCCACAAGGCACUGCAAUAUGACCAGGUGAAAUCAGACUAUGUUCAGCUUAGAGAAACCCUCACCAUAGUGACCAAAGAACGAGAUUUGGCUGUGAAGGAGAAACACCAGCUCCAAGCCAAGCUGGAGAACUUAGAGCAGGUCCUAAAGCAUAUGCGAGAGGCUGCUGAACGGCGGCAACAGCUGGAAUUAGAGCAUGAGCAAGCCUUGGCUGUCCUCAACGCAAAGCAGCAGGAAAUUGAACUCCUGCAGAAGGCUCAGGUUGAAGCAAAGAAAGAACAUGAAGGUGCAGUUCAGCUGCUAGAGAACACCUUGGACAGCAUGCAGGCCAAGGUACGAGAGCUAGAGGAGAAAUGUCGGACGCAGAGCGAACAGUUUAACCUCCUCUCCAAGGAACUGGAGAAGUUUCGGCAGCAAGCUGGAAAGAUUGAUCUCUUGAGCAGUAACUCGGUGGCAUCCUCAGAUGUCCUUGGCUCCCCUAGUAAAUCUCUGUCCCAGUUAAUGAACGGAAUAGCCACCUCCAUAGGCAGAGGUAACGAAAGCCCCUCUGGAAGUCGUUGUGUGAUUUCGGAGUUUAUACGACCCCUGCAGAUAUCUGGUGACAAACCAGAACAGUUGUCCGUCAAACCUACUUUUCUGUCCAGGUCAAGAUCCGGCAGCCCAAGAUGCAGAUUUGAUUCAGACAUGGAUAAUGAACGGAAUUCCAAUACCUCAAAGCAAAGAUAUUCUGGGAAAGUCCAUCUUUGCAUCGCCCGUUAUAGUUACAACCCGUUUGAUGGACCAAAUGAAAAUCCAGAAGCAGAGCUCCCCCUUACAGCAGGAAAAUACCUCUAUGUGUAUGGAGACAUGGAUGAAGAUGGCUUCUAUGAAGGUGAACUUCUAGAUGGACAAAGAGGACUGGUCCCUUCAAACUUUGUGGAUUUUGUUCAAGAUAAUGAGUCCCGUUUGUCAAGCACCGUAGGCAGCGAGCAGGAUCAGAAUUUUAUCAACCAUUCGGGUCAUGCUUUGGAAGGAGAUAGUCUAUUGGAGCUCAAUCCGCCGAGUCACAUAGAGUCCAGUGUAAUCAACAAUGGCACGGGAACUCUUGAUAUGAACAUUGAUGAAAUUGGAGAAGACAUUGUGCCUUAUCCUAGAAAAAUCACCCUUAUUAAACAACUAGCCAAAAGUGUUAUUGUGGGCUGGGAGCCACCAGUAGUGCCACCUGGAUGGGGAACCAUUAACAGCUACAAUGUCCUGGUUGACAAAGAAAUACGGAUGAAUGUGUCCUUUGGAAGCAGAACUAAAGCUCUUAUAGAAAAACUUAACAUUGCUACUUGCACAUACCGAAUAUCAAUUCAGAGCAUUACGAGUAGGGGUAACUCAGAUGAGCUACUAUGCACUUUGUUAGUUGGGAAGGAUGUAAUUGUAGCACCCUCUCAUCUUAAGGUGGACAACAUAACCCAGAUUUCCGCUGAGCUGUCCUGGCUUCCUACCAAUAGUAAUUACAGUCAUGUGAUCUUUCUGAAUGAAGAAGAGUUCGACAUUGUCAAGUCUGUUAGCUACAAGUACCAGUUUUUUAAUUUGAAGCCCAACAUGGCCUACAAGGUGAAGGUCAUGGCAAAGCCCCAUCAGAUGCCCUGGCAGCUUCCUCUGGAGCAACGGGAAAAAAAGGAAGCCUUUGUGGAAUUUUCUACAUUGCCAGCAGGUCCUCCAGCUCCACCUCAAGAUAUUACCAUACAGGCUGGGUCCACACCAGCUACUAUACAGGUGUCCUGGAAACCACCAACCCUUACAUCCACAGGGACCUCCAACGGAGCAAACGUUACUGGCUAUGGUGUUUAUGCAAAAGGCCAAAGGGUGGCAGAGGUGAUCUUUCCAACAGCAGAGAACACCUUCGUGGAGCUCAUGAGAAUACGGAACGUAGAAGCUAAGGAAGUUACCGUGAGAACACUUUCCGCACAAGGGGAAUCUGUGGACUCUUGCGUUGCUGCCAUUCCACCUGACCUAUUGGUGCCUCCAAUCCCUCACCCUCGGACUGCUCCCAAAUCGAAGCCAUUAGCAAGUGCCGGGGCCCCAGAUACCAAAGAUGAACAUUUAGGUCCACGUUUAAAAAUGGAUGAGUCGUGGGAGCAGACUCGUUCAGCAUCCCCCAUUCAUGGACACACAUUGGAGCCUCCUACCCCCAACUUUCAAAGCCCGCUUCAAGGAAGGAGGUCUCCCUCGCCUAAUCGAAUACUCCCUCAGCCGCAAGGCACACCCGUCCCGAACACUGUUGCUAAAGCCAUGGCGAGAGAAGCUGCCCAGCGGGUUGCAGAGAACAACAGGAUGGAGAGAAGGAGUGUGUUUAGCGAAAGGAGUAAUAUGGCACAUUAUGCAAACUCAGAUGAGGAGGAAGACGGCUACGAUUCUCCCAGCAUUAAAAGAAGAGGGGCUUCUGUCGACGAUUUCUUAAAAGGCUCAGAGCUUGGAAAGCAGCCGCACUACUGCCAGGGUGAGGAGUACCAUACGGAGAGCAGUAGGGGCUCCGACUUAUCCGAUAUCAUGGAGGAAGAUGAAGAAGAGCUGUACUCAGAAAUGCAGCUGGAGGAUGGAGGAAGAAGACGAGUCAGUGUAACAUCACACAACACACUCAAGGAAUGCUCAAAGAAUAGGACCACUGAAGCCGCUUUUUUGGAACGGCCUGACUUUUCACAGCAGAUACACCACAGUAAAAAGCUUUUCAGUAUCCCAGAAGUAGCCGAAGAGGAUGUUGAAUAUUCUGAACUAUUGCACAAACAGGGUUUUGGUACGCCCUAUAAAAUGAAACCUAUGGUAGCUAGCUGCACUAGACCACUUAGACCCUACAAUCAAGACAAACAGCACAACUUCUGGUACCCAGCCAAGCACAGAAUUUCAGGCAUGGAGGAUUUUGCUUCAGAAGACAAAGGAUAUAACUACAGUAGAUCCUUAACGAGAAGCCCUGACAGCGGACUAGACUGUGGAAGUGAGGAAGAAGAAUCUCGUUUUAAUUUCAGAAAUGCUUAUGAUUUGAUUUCUGCCAAUGUUGCGCCUAGCUGUUGUGCAGAGACAGAUAACUGUUCAUGCAGAAAAAGCACAAAGCCAUUGCUUGCUCGCAGGAAAACUUUAACCAGGCAAAGCAGCAUUGAAGAAGACUUCGAUGACCUGGGUCCUUCCUUUAUAGAGCCCAGAAGUGAGGAGGCCAAGCCCAGUUAUGAGAGAAAGUCUGAGACUCAAAAAUGCAAUAGAACAGAUCAUUUGACUAGCAAAGAUGUUCAGCGAGUCUGGAAGAUCAACUUACAAGUGAAUGACUCUAGGGCAGCUGUUCCACAUGCAGAGCCAUCCCACAGAGAUGCAGAAGACUCUCUGCUUUUAGGGAAUCCAUCAUCCACUGGACGACCUGACAGGGUGGAGCACAUGGGUCGAAGGUUGUCUCAUGCCAGUGCAGUCCCACAAAGGUCUCGACCAAUGUUGGUCCCUUCCAUUGAAAUUACAAUGGACAGUAACAGUGAAGGCGGUCGGUCUCGGUCAGGUAGUGAGGGAAAUAUUUCCCCUGUAAAAGAAGAAGCGUAUAAUCGCAGCACUGAUGGACACAGGAAAUGGUCACAGCAGCGUACCAUGGCCUCUGACUAUAGAUACGAUGGAUACUGUAGUCGGGACCAUCUUUCUCCAGAUAUUUAUGAAGAAUCAGAAACAGAUCCUGGCACAGAGGAUAUUUCUCCUCGAAUAUUUGUUGCCCUCUUUGACUAUGAUCCACUGACAAUGUCCCCCAAUCCUGAUGCUGCAGAAGAAGAGCUACCAUUUAAAGAAGGACAGAUCAUUAAGGUUUAUGGAGAUAAAGAUGCUGAUGGAUUCUACCGGGGAGAAACUUGCACAAGACUUGGCCUCAUUCCAUGUAAUAUGGUCUCUGAAAUCCAAGCAGAUGAUGAAGAAAUGAUGGAUCAGCUUCUGAAACAAGGGUUUCUUCCUCUGAAUACACCUGUAGAAAAAAUAGUCAACUGUGACCGUUUCAAAGAGAGCACACGCUCUGUACACCGCAGAUCCAGAAAGUCAAAAAGAGAAAGGAACAGAAGGAGUGGCAGACAGCAUUCUGUGUCAACACGGAGGAUGGUGGCACUAUACGAUUAUGAUCCAAGAGAAAGUUCUCCUAACGUUGAUGUGGAGGCUGAGCUUACCUUUUGUACAGGAGACAUUAUCACUGUCUUUGGUGAAAUAGAUGAAGAUGGGUUUUACUAUGGUGAGCUUAAUGGACAGAAGGGGCUGGUUCCUUCAAACUUUCUUGAAGAAGUGCCUGAUGAUGUAGAAGUCUAUCUUUCUGAUGCACCAUCACGAUAUGUUCAAGACACACCACUGCGUACAAAAGCAAAAAGGGUUCCUCCUGAGAAUACAGGUACAUCAAGGAGAGCACCAUCUCCCACAGUCCAUCUCCAUUCUGGGUCACCUACGUCAUCUAUGGGUUCUGGUAGUCCCGGGAGAGGCAGGGAAAUGUCCUCGAAAAAGAAAAAGGGGCUGCUUUCCAAAGGCAAGAAACUGCUGAAAAAGCUGGGUGCAGUGAAAUGAUUCAUUUACUUCUGGACAACUUGUAAAGCUUCCAAGCUAUGGUUUUUUUUUAAAAACAAAAAACUUCAAACUAGGGCUUUCAUGACUAUAAAGUACACCUUUACAGAACCUUUGCAUUUUUAACCCUUUCUAAACAUCAGAGAAUCAUGUGACUUGUUUGAUCAAAACAGCAAGAAAAAAAGAAGUGGAUUUGUUGCUACUAAAGAGCAAUGUUGUCAAUAUCUGUUUUUCUUUAAAAAUGAUUUUGGGGAAUUAAGACUAGAAGGAUAUCAUCUUUUUGUUUCAAGGCACCUCCACACCUCUAACUCUAUUGGAUAAAUCUCUGCCUUUAUUCUCCUUUAACUUUAGGGGAAGCAGUAAAAUCUUAUUUGAGCCCUCUUCAAAAAUGCUCACCCCAAACUAGCCUAACAUUUAUCUUAAACAAAAAUGGUCUUGAAACUCCUAGUUUACUCAGCCUUGAUGUUUUGCCUUAUUAAUACACAAUGAUUCGUACUGUCUAAAUAUACAGCGUAUACUUUGUAUGUACUGUGUAUUCAAAUGUCUCUUCAACCUCACAGACAUGGUAGAUUAAGAUCAAAUAAUGUGUUACUGACUCCAUUUAAUGUCUGAUGUAAUUUUUGGGAGGCUGAAAAUGUUGUGCAGGAUGCAUUUUUAAACAUUUGUAUGAGUUCCUUUAGCAAACAUUCAGUAUACUAACGUGAGGUAGCGCCUAAACUAUCCAGAGAAUGCACACACUGUUAAUAAUUCAAAAUCUUGUUUUAUAGCUCCUGGCGCUAGUGUGAAAGUUUCAGUAAACAGCCAGAAAACAAUAAUCUUUGCUCCCCAAGUGUUCUCUCUUGUGGAAGUGCAGUUUUAAGUUAAAAAUUAUUUUUCAUGUUAUAGAUGUCAGAAUCAAGAUAAAAUGCAUGUACUAGGUGCAGCAAUGAAAGAGGUGUAUGUUAUACACACAAGCUGUAGCUAGUUAAAAGGCUCUACCAUUAUAGUACAAAUCUUUCAAAACACUAAUUCUAAUAUUGGCUUCUUGAUUAAAACAAUCUUGCUGGCAGACAUUGGCAGUUACUAUUUUGUAAUUCUUGUCCAUUUGUAAAUUGUUUUUACUGUUUAUACAUACUUUUCAGACUGCCUUUCUUUUGUAAUUUAUGGAAGGUUUAUAAAUGAACGAUCAAAGCUUUCCCCAUUGUGUCUUCAAAGAAUUAUAAUGUAAAUUACUGUAAGAUACUACUGUGUGCUAGAGUUAUGAAAUUAAAGAAAACUACUGGCCUAAAUUUGUGGUAAAGUAUUGUGUGGGCGUGUGCAUGUGUACAGUUAUUCAUGUGUAAAAUAUUUUAUAUAAAUAAAUUUGAUAUUUUGUAGAA